AUGGACGUCCAUCAACUCCACGGUGCGGCCGACCCCGCCGCCGGUCUCGCCGGCCAGCGCACGACCUUCCGCGAAAUGGUCGCCCGCAAACGGGAGCAGAUCCUGUCCUCGUCACCAACAACCACCGGCUCCUCAUUAUCAUCCCAACAACCCGCUCCGGCAUCGAUCAUCGCUGCCGCCGCCGCAACAACAUCCGUCCCCACCGCCCGCCUCUCCAAGACACGCAGCCACGCCGCCCUCAUGAACUCGCAGAAAGAUUCACAGCUGCUACAUCACCAGCAACAACAACCUCAUUCACCACAACCAUCUCAGCAACAAUCGCAUUACACCCACGCCGCCAGCGACGCAUUAACCAGACAAAAGCGGAAAAUGUCCCUACACGCCUCAUACGGCACCCUAUGGGGCCCAGACCCCGUCAUCGCCCCGCGGCACCCGAUCCCGCCGCGAGCAUUGCCGUCCUUGAGUGUCAAAUCACAGGUCGACGGGGUUACCCCAGUGCCGCAGAAACCGUCCGCCCAGCGUCGACCCACCUCCGGCUCAACUAAGCGCGACAGCCUCCCUCCAUCCUCCUUAACCACACUCCCCACAUCAACAUCAUCCUCACCCACUCGCCGGCCCGCCAGCGCCGGUAAACGCAGCUCAGAAUACCUCACCACCUCCCCCACCCCGUCCUCCACGCGCACGACCCGCCCCAUCUCCCACCACUCCUCACUCACAGACCUCACCCCCACCUCCCCGCUCUCCAUCUCCAUCCAACCCGUCCCGCUACCGAUCGAUAAAGGCCGCCCGGGGUCCGGUGGCCGCCGGUUUCCUUCUACCACCAUCACCGGUAAACCCGCAGACACCGAACCGGGUGAUGACCCCUCCGCGGACGACGGGCCACUGUUGUCACGCAGCGCACGCACGAGCCAGGCGUCGAUUGCGUCGGAUGCGUCCGGGACAUCGGCGGGGAGGAGGAGGUCGGAGAGGGACGAUGAGGGAGGGAAGGGGAAGGGGAAACGAAAGGUGGGGAAGAAGAAAGCGGCGUCGGUGCCGUUGGAGUUGCCGCGGUGGAAUGCGAGUACCAAAAAACCGACCGUGGCGGGCGCGAAGGGCGCGAAAAAUACAGACAAGGCAAAGAAAACUGCAGGCCCACCCACCCCACCCGCGCCGCAGCUCUCCACCGACUCCCUCCCCCUCCCACGCAGCGCCUCGCCCCUCUCCGACGUCAACCCCACCUUCUCAACCUCCUACGACGCCCUCGAUGACGACGACGACGACGACUACACAGACGCAAAGUACCCCGUCACCCCGUACCAACUCACUGUGUUCACGAAAGUGUGUCCGACACAAGACGAUCUGGAGAGCAACGUGUCGUUGUGGAGCGGGCCGCCGUUUUGGGCGAGUGUGGGGUGGCGGGUGGCCCCUAUCCCAAACCCACAAGCACAACCACGAGAUCACCAUCCAUCUGUGACCCAGCCGGCGUCGGUGGUCAUCAGUGAUUUGGCGGCGGUGCUGAAAAGAAUUCGCCAGACGCACGCCGUCCUCCGCACGCAGCUGUACCGCAACGACCGGAUCGUGGAUGCCGACGUCGAGGGGUUGCUCGACCAGCGGCCGUGGCGGGAGGUUCGGGACGAUGAAGUUGUGGCCGUCGUUGAUCUGCGGGGAUGGGUGCGUGGGAGGUCUGACCAUCACGAAGUGCGUGAAGUGGACACACGCACCAUGACGUCGUACGUCCGGCACUGGAUGGGCGGUCAGGAGCGGUUCGAGCGGCCGUUUUACGCGUUGGUGUUUCCGGGGGUUGUAUCUUCGGACGGUGGAGGGACGGAACAGGAGACGUAUGUGGUGUUCAUGGCCUCCAAAGCCGUCGCGGACGAGUCCAGCUUGCGGUUCAUCGCGCACGAGGUCAUUGCGCUCUACACGACGUGUCAGACGGCCCGUCUCGCAUCCCCUUCAUCGACACGGGGGAUUGAUGUGUGCGUUGAUGGGUACACCCCCCGCGAACGAUACACCUUCCCCCUCUUCGCGCACUCCUGCACCCCCACCUCAACCUCCCUCGCCACCACGUCCCACCACACCCGCGGCGACCUCGCCUACUGGCAUUCCGUGCUCAUCGAGACCGUGCAAGACACCGUCGACGCCGCCGAGCGGGGACGGUUGGAAGUGCAGUUGGAGAAACUGGAGCGGGAGAAGGAAGGGUUGAAGGACCGGGUGGAGAAGUUGAGGAAACGGCGGGGGGAGUGUGAGGGGGAGUUGGAGGGGUUACGGGAGCAGCGGAGGGGGAUGGAGGAUGAAGGAGAAGACCCAAACGCCACGACCGCGGCGGCGGGGGAGUGUAUGCGGUGGGAGGACCCGACGACGGGGUCCGUGCACCUGAUUUCCCGGGACUCGCAGCUCACCUUGCUCGAAACCGUCCUCGGGCUCGACACCCGCCCCCCCGCCGCGGACUCCUCCACCACCCCUUACUCCACCUCCUUCGUGGUAACGCCCCCCACCGAGCCCGGGUCGAUCCUCCCCUUCCUCCUGAAACACGACGUCCCCGCCGCCGUCCUCACCCUCCUGCAGGACCACAACCUCACCCAGAUCACAGACUUUGCCGCCCUCACCGACUCCCACCUCACGCACACCCUCGCCCUGCUGCCCAAAGACCGCCGCCAGCUCCUCGCGCUGAUCGAGUACGUCCGGAACAGGAUCAAGGAAACCAUCAUGGAGAGCGGCAAGCGGAAACAUGCGCUGGAGAGACGCAUCGCCAAGUGUGUGCGGGAACGGGAGGGGUUGGACACACAGUUGCGAGAUGCCGAGGCGGCGGUGGAGCGGGACGAUGAUCUGGGGAUCCGGUUGAGGGGAGUGUUGCGGCCGCCGGUGGUGGAGGUGAAGGUGGCGCCGUUGGGGCUGGAGGGGUACGCGUUGCGCGGGGGUCGGGGUGGGGCUACCGAGCCGCAGCAGGGGGAGGAUUUCACCCAGAUGUGGGAUAUGGUCCCGAUCACGCUCCCCGCGGAGCUUGUGAGCAACCUCCGCCUGUUCCAGGACGGGUACCGCGCGACGGCCCGGCAGCGGCGGCGGGCGCGGACGGGCACCGGCGGCAGGCGGAGUGCACAGUCCCGGUCGCGAUCACGCGGUGGGGGAACGUCCGAGAGCUCGAAUGUGGAGACCCACGACGACGAGGAGGAAGAGGAUACCAACAACGCCCUCGGCGCGCGGCACGGCACGACGACCACGGCGUACAGCACGGCGACGGCCGCCGCGUGUCUCUCCGCCUUUGCCAUCGUCCUCAAACACAUCUCCGGGUCCGACAAAUACCUCCUCGGGCUCACCCACAGUUUCCGACGGAACGGGUUGGCGGUCGGCCCCGUCUCCGACACGUUCCCGGUGAAGAUCGACCUGACCAGGAAGGGGAUCACCUUCUCCGCGCUGUUUGGGAGCGUGAGCAGGAGUAUCCGCGCGGCCCGCCGCUGCGGCGCCGGGACGCCGAGCUGGAAGAUCCCCACCCCGAGCGCAACGGCCCUCCCCAUCGUCUUCGAAUACACACCCCAGAAAGAAGCCGAGAUGUGGCGUUCCUACGGCCUCUCCCCCGCCGACAUCCUCCUCCACGCCGCCUCCUCCUCUUCCGACGGUGUGAGUUGGACCCACGAUGAAACAUCCCACGCGCAUGUGAAAUUACACCUGAUCGAGACGGGGGAAGGGACGAUUGUGGGCGGGUUGCGGUAUAGGCGGGAUGUGUAUGAGGACGAGCAGGUUGGGAAAUGGGUGGGGAAGUUUGUGGCGACGUUGGAGGGGAUUGAUCCUGGGCCGAGACAGAUUCCGGUUGCUAGUAUUAUUUCGAGGUUUUACUCGACCCUCUGGCACGGCAACCCGGGAACGAGCGCUACCAACGUGCUCGUCAACGCACCACCGCCGGCAUCGUCGCACUCGCAUCCGAUUGAGGCCGUGGCUGAGACCGACGAGUCGUGA